AUGGCCCAUUACAAGGUGGAGCAGGAUGACUGGCUGACUGUCUACCUGAAGUAUUUGCUCUUCGUCUUUAACUUCUUCUUCUGGGUCGGGGGCGCCGCGGUCAUGGCCGUGGGCGUCUGGACCCUGGUGGAGAAGAGCGGCUACCUCGGCGUCCUGGCCUCCAGCACCUUCGCCGCCUCUGCCUACAUCCUCAUCUUCGCGGGCGCCCUCGUCAUGGUGACCGGCUUCCUGGGCUUCGGCGCUAUCAUCCGCGAGGACAGAGGCUGCCUCUCUGCGUAUUUCUGCCUGUUGCUGGCGAUCUUCCUCGUUGAGCUGGUGGCGGGGGUCCUGGCCCAUGUGUACUACCAGAGGCUGAGCGACGAGCUGAAGCAGCACUUGACCCGCACCCUGGCCGAGAACUACAUGCAGCCCGGUGCCGUGGAAAUCACAGCAUCUGUGGACCGUCUACAGCAGGAUUUCAAAUGCUGCGGGAGCAACAGCUCAGCCGACUGGCUGCAGAGCAGCUAUAUCCUGUCUCCAGAGGCCGAGGGCCGCCGGGUGCCGGACAGCUGCUGCAAGACAGUGGUGGCACGCUGCGGCCAGCGGGCACACCCCUCCAACAUCUACAAGGUGGAGGGAGGCUGCAUCAGCAAGCUGGAGCAGUUCCUGGCUGACCACCUGCUGCUCAUGGGGGCCGUGGGCAUCGGGGUGGCCUGCCUGCAGCCAAGGUCACUCUCUUCCCCCAGAAAACAUGAAGGAAAAGGCCCUGGGGGCCACUUUGAACUUGUCAGGAACAAAGACCUGGGAGGAGUGGGAGCGUGGGUGCAGAUUUGUGGCCUGAUACUCACCUGCGGCUUGCACCGGAGGCUCCAACUGCAUUUUUACUAACAGCCAACCGUGUCCUGCUCCGACUGCCCCUCACAAUUUCAGGGGCCCAAGGCCCACAGGCCAGGCCUGCAGGGUCAGCACCAGCUGGCCUGGAAGCUCCCAGCAACUCCCCCUCCUCUGUGCCCAGCCCCUCCAGACGCACCCAGUAACUGCGACCACGGCCUCUGCAGCCCCUACCUGGCCGGGGACCCUCAGUCCCCGCCCUCCACUUCUGUGUGCUCACCACCGGAAUCCUGGGGCAAGAGGGCACAGCCCGAGCCUCACCAGGCCUAGGCUCC